AUGCCAUCCAAGAGAAAGGCUCAAGAUGCCGAGAACAGUGUCACCUCGACCUCUGUCCCAAAGCGCCAGAGGAAGCGCGGCGUCCAGACCGGCUUGAUCCGAACUCUCGAGCUUGCCCUCGUAUGGCUCUUCGACCAGGUUCCUGGAACAGAAGAGAAGCUGGCGGGUCUACUCACGCAGGAGGGGGGUGGCGGCCAAUCUCUCCUCCUCGACAAAGACAGCGAGGCAGGCAAUCGCCUUCACAAAAGAUGGAGGAGAUGCCGCGUCCAUAAGGAUAUUGACCGGCUCCUAUCUGGCAAGGACGGCAUAAGCCCACGCCAGGAUACUUCCGGAGACGAAUCGGAUGCUGAAGGUGAUGGCCGCAACAAACGGAACGGGGAGACUCCGUUGGAUGGUCCUGACAUCUCUCCGCAACCUAACGCCGUUGACCAAACUCUCGAUAGCGCUGCGGCCUCGUAUCCUCCAGACGGUCUCGAUAUCGACCCGGAAGACUCAAAUAACAGUGCUGCUCAUGCUGAGCUCUGGUGCGCUCUUGCCGUCGGGGCAUUCCAGGAUGCGGCAUCAUCACAGCCUCCAGGAGGUUCAGAACCACCUGACCGGCCCAGUAUGAUAACAGCAGCAGCCCGUAGUCUCAUACCAGUAGAGACUGACAUGGCACUGGGCCAUGUGAAAGCACUUCUAGUGCUGUCCUUGGUGAAGCUGGGGCAGGACAACGCCGCAGCAGCUUCUCUAUUGAUCGGUCUAGCCGUCCGGGGCGCCAUGGCCCUGGCAGAUGGACGAUCACGAAACGGCGGAAGAGAACCGAUCUCGGGCCUGUCGGCUUCUUCGACGCAAGAAGCAUACUCGACGGCUUUGGACCGGGUCUUGAUGACCUGUCUUAUGCUGGACACCAUCGUUUCCUUAAGGCUUGGUCAGACGCCGCACAUGAGGACGAACGACAUGAAGGAUAGGCCGACAGAGGAGAACGGAUCAGAGGAAUGGGCACCAUGGACGCCCAGAGCUGGAUUCGGAUUGGAGGACGUUGAAGCUGCUGUACAGCCUGCACAGUCUUUGAGCUCCUUCAAUCAGCUCUACCAAUUCUUCCGCACACUGAACCAGAGUGUUGAGUCUGGGGGGGCGGGUCCAAAGAUUGGUGCCGCGAACCUUGUUCAAGUGCUUGAUCCUCGUUUCUCAUUUUGCAAUUCAGUAGUGUUUGGAGCGUCGACGAUACCCAUACUCCCAUCGGCUUUCCUCAUCCAGGCCACCUUCCUCGGCGCGACCUUGACUUUGAUGGCCGACCCUCGAGUGUCUCUGAUCUGGAGUCUGAUGGAAGUUUUGGAGAGUUCGAUUUCCCACUUUGGCGCAGCCGGCGUCUCGCCCCUCCUGGUCACAUAUAUGAGCAUCGCAAAUACCAAAAGUUGCGUCAAAGCUCUCCGCGACGAUGAUAAGACGCGGUGGAACUCACUGAUGGGUAAUCUGAUGUCUGUCUGGCAAGAUCGGACGACGAACGUGGAUUCUUCUUCUAUGGAAGCGGAUCCGAGCGAGCAAACACCAGCUCAGGCCGAGCCGGCUGUGAAUCAGUUCUCGCAUCACCCAUCAUCCGCUCGCAGGGACUCGCAUUUUCCGCACUUCUCGAUGCCUGCGGACUCUUAUCAUCAUCCUAAUAGCAACGGAUUUUUACCAACAGCAUCAUCCGUCAGUCCGUCAACGGCAAGAACCAUGCCAUUUACGCCAGGGAGCCAACUGGAUGCAUUUCCUUCCGGCUUCAUGGGACAUUUGUCGUCAGCUCAGGCACCCUAUCUGAUGGGGCAGGGCGCUCACGGCGUGGAUUACGACGCCAUUAUGGACGAGCUUGCUUCUAUCGACUGCACAGAUAGUAUGGAAGCCGACCCGCAGUUUAUGGCCAAUCUCGGCUUUGCCCCAGGGUCAGACUUGACUGACAUGCUUCGGGGAGAGUAUGGAGGAAUGUGA